GGUAGAAAAAUUAAUUUAAUUUUAUUAGAUUAGCAAAUGAAGACAAAAAGUAUUAAAUAAUUUAGAAAAUGUAAGCAAUUAUUGUGGAAAAAGUUAUUAAAUUUUAUUUAUAAGAAAUUAGUUAAUUUUAUUUGACAUAAUAACUUUUGAAAACAAUGUUUUAUCAGACUUGUUAAACUUCGGGUAGUAAGUGUCUUCAAAUCACAACUUUGUUUCUAAGUUGGAGUACUUUUUCCCAUGAUGACUUUUUCAUUAAAUUUAUUUUGUAAUACUUAAAACAAGUUAUUUGAAUUUAUUUCUAUAUACAUAUGUAUGCAUGUAUUUAGUAGUUUAAUUUUGUAUUAGCAUUUUUUCCACUUUUAGUUUAAUUUAAGAACAUUAAAAAACUCUUAAUACCACCUUCAAUAAAUUGUCGCACUAAUGUCGUUUCUGUUUGUUGAACUUAUUUAUAGAUUUGCACUACAAUUCGAGAUGCUAAUAGACCGCAAAGCGAGCGACUCAAGGGGGCAUACGCACAUACUAUACAUAUAAUAAAUACAUGCUUACGCAUAUACAAAUUGUAUAUGUACAUAUAUAAAACACAUACUAAAUAAAUAUGAGUCGGUAUAUGAGAAUUAUACAUAAAUUUAUUUAGACACACACCUAUGUGUACAUUCCUAUAUAAGUAUAAAUAUGCUCCAUACCAAAGCAUGAGAAAAGAAAACGUGGAAGGAGGCUCGUACAGUAUCGCGCUUUGUAUGAAGAGCUAUGUGGGCAUGCGGACUUUGAACUUAACCCGGUAAAUAACGAAACUGAUAGAGACUUAAGCAUACUACUCGUUUGCGAUGUCGGCAGCUUUGAGUCCUUUACAUUGUGAUCUAAGGUCAUAUUCAAGGCUUUGGCUCGGCGAGUUCAUUGAACUUUAUCAACAGGAAGAAUGUUUAUGGCACCCAAAACAUCCAGAUUAUAGCAAUCACAGCGUACGUAAUAAGGCCUAUGAUCGUUUGGUAGAAAAACUCAAGGAAGUUGAACCGAAUCCAGAUCGGGCGAUGGUUGUGCGCAAAAUCAACUCACUACGUUCUGCAUUCAGACGGGAAUUUCGUAAAUCAAGUUCAAAGAACAACUAUGAAACGAGAUUGUGGUACUAUGACAAACUACUUUUCAUCGCCGAACAGAAUCCCAAACGUCUAGCAGCUUUGCGUGAUGCCAAACAACCUAAAAGACCGUUAGCAAUAAGUUUCGAUGUAGACGACUCUAUGGAGUUUGAAGAGGAACCUGUUGUGGAAGCUACUACAGUAUCACCAUCAGAGAAUAUCAACCACAAUCAAGCAACUGAAAUCAAAACUGUAACUGUAACAGCGGGUGAAUGUGUCAUUGUGAAAGAUGAAGAACAGCAGCAUCAAAAUCAAAUUCAGCAUCAGCUGCAGCAUCAACACCAACACGAAUUACAGCAACAGCAACAUAGUGCCGAACAACACAUGCAACAUGCAACAACCACAACGCAACCGCAGCACGCAACUGAAGUCAAAGUUUUGGAAAUAACAUCUCUCGACACAAAUUCGCAGCGAGAAAUACAACAGGCUGUCAAUUCUCUGGAACAACACCAGCAACAUAUUCAACAUCAGUUGCACCAACAGCAACAUCAACAACAACAGAAUCAGGCUGGUUCAGCGCAAAUCGCACAAAUUCAUCAGCAAGUUCCAACCAUACAAAUUGCACGUGAACACCUGCAACCGUUGUUCGGUAACUCGUAUGCAACGACUACAACUCACCGACAGGAGGAUGAAUACGACGCUAUCGGCAUAAAUGUGGCAUCUAAGUUGCGAGUAAUGAAUCCAACUCAACGAAUUAUUGCCGAGAAAUUGAUUAGUGACGUGCUAUUCAAUGGGCAGUUAGAUAAUCUCAGCGUCUCUUCAACUUUGACUCAGUGAAAAUAUGUAUGUCUUUGUAAAACAGCAAAUUUUGUGCAGGUAAUAAUUUUCUAUCGUAAGUUAUUAGCAUUUUAUAUAAGUAAGCAAAAUAGUUAUAUAAGUUCUAAUUGUAUGAUAUAAAUACUAAAAUUUAAGAAGUUUUUCUAAAAUUUAGCCGGUGUAUAUAAAUACAUAUUAUAUAAAGCAUUAAAUAUUAUGUUUAGCUUGCAAAAUAUAUUUAGCAGGUACAUUUGGUACCAUUCUUCUUAUUC